CGGCCGCGGGGAGGGCGGCGGCGGCGGCCGGAGCAGGCUGGAGACCGCUGGGUCUCGGCCCACACUAGGAACGGAACAAGUCUAGAACCUGCCGCUAUGGGGGACAUGAAGACCCCUGAUUUCGACGACCUCCUUGCUGCCUUUGACAUCCCUGACAUUGAUGCAAAUGAAGCCAUCCAUUCUGGGCCAGAAGAAAAUGAGGGCCAAGGAGGCCCAGGGAAGUCAGAACCCAGUGUGGGAGGUGAAUCUGUAAACACAGCAGCAGCAGCUGCUGGGGAUGGCCCUGAGGUUCCAGCCCAGGCCUCUGACCACGGCCUGCCGCCACCAGACAUUUCUGCAGUCAGCGUCAUUGUCAAGAACACUGUGUGUCCUGAGCAGUCUGAGACCCUGGCUGGAGGUUCAGGAGGGGAAGGGGCCCGGGCUGGGGGGAUAACUAAGGAAGAGCCUGUGGGACCUUGUCUGAUGCAAAAUGGUUUUGGCGGCCCUGAGCCAUCCCUCCCAGGAACUCCCCACUCUCCAACUCCUCACAGUGGGGGUACCUGGAAAGAAAAAGCCAUGGAAGGCAAAGCUCCCUUGGACCUCUUUGCUCAUUUUGGGCCUGAGCCAGGAGAGCACCCAGAUCCCCUGCCUCCCUCUGCACCCUCCCCUCCUCAGGAGGGGGCCAUGACCCCACCUCCUUUUCCUUCUCCCUUUGAGCUGGCCCAGGAGAAUGGCCCCGCCCUGCUGCCACCUGGUUCUUCCUCACCACUGGGGGCUUUGAAGCAGGGCAGCUGCAGCCCCCAUCAUCCCCAGGGCCAAGCCCAGCGAGGCCCAGGCUCUAGCCCUGAGGCCACGGGCAUCCCUGCCAAUGCCUCGCCUCCCCGGGUUGCUGGGGUACCCUUUUUCAAGCAGUCUCCAGGGCAUCAGAGCCCUCUUGCCUCCCCCAAAGUGCCCGGCUGUCAGCCCCUGAAAGAAGAAGAAGAUGAUGGACCUGUGGACAAGUCUCCCCCGGGAAGUCCCCAGAGUCCCUCUAGUGGAGCUGAGGCUGCAGACGAGGACAGUAAUGACUCUCCUGCCUCCUCCAGCUCCUCUAGGCCCCUCAAGGUGCGGAUCAAGACCAUUAAAACAUCCUGUGGAAAUAUCACGAGGACUGUAACCCGGGUCCCCUCAGACCCUGAUCCCCCUGCCCCCUUGGCUGAGGGGGCCUUCCUGGCUGAGGCUAGCCUCCUGAAGCUGUCCCCUGCAGCGCCAAGUCCUGAUGGUCCAAAGGUGGUGAGCGUACAAUUGGGUGAUGGCACGAGGCUGAAGGGCACUGUGCUGCCUGUGGCCACCAUCCAGAAUGCCAGUACUGCUAUGCUCAUGGCAGCCAGUGUGGCCCGCAAAGCAGUGGUUCUGCCUGGGGGGACUGCCACCAGCCCCAAGACAAUGGCUAAGAAUGUGCUAGGCCUGGUGCCCCAAGCCCUGCCCAAGGCCGAGGGGCGGGCAGGACUGGGUUUGGGGGGACAGAAGGUGAAUGGUGCCUCAGUGGUGAUGGUACAGCCUUCAAAACUAGCCAGUGGGCCAGGUACAGGGGGUGGCACCGUGAUCUCACGGACCCAGUCCAGCCUGGUGGAGGCCUUCAACAAGAUACUCAACAGCAAGAACCUGCUGCCUGCUUAUAGGCCAAACCUGAGUCCACCAGCAGAAGCUGGGCUGGCCCUGCCUCCAACGGGCUACCGCUGCCUCGAGUGUGGAGAUGCCUUCUCAUUGGAGAAGAGUCUGGCACGGCACUAUGACCGCCGGAGCAUGCGCAUUGAGGUCACCUGCAACCACUGUGCCCGCCGCCUGGUCUUCUUCAACAAGUGUAGCCUGCUCCUGCAUGCACGUGAGCACAAGGACAAGGGGCUCGUCAUGCAGUGCUCACAUUUGGUCAUGAGGCCUGUAGCCCUGGACCAGAUGGUGGGGCAGCCAGACAUCACACCCCUGCUGCCUGUGGCUGUCCCACCUGCCCCUGGACCUCUGGUCUUGCCUGCCUUGGGCAAGAGUGAGGGGGCCAUCACUUCCUCUGCCCUUACUACAGUUGCUGCUGAGGCCCCUGUGCUGCCACUCUCAACAGAGCCGCCUGCUACCCCUGCCACCUCUUACACAUGCUUUCGCUGCCUGGAGUGCAAGGAGCAGUGUCGGGACAAGGCUGGCAUGGCAGCCCACUUCCAGCAGCUUGGGCCCCCUGCCCCUGGAGCCACCAGCAAUGUGUGCCCAACCUGUCCCAUGAUGCUCCCCAAUCGCUGCAGCUUCAGCGCCCACCAGCGCAUGCAUAAGAACCGACCCCCCCACGUUUGUCCUGAGUGUGGGGGCAACUUCCUGCAAGCCAAUUUUCAGACCCAUCUCCGGGAGGCCUGUCUGCAUUUCUCUCGUCGUGUAGGAUACAGGUGUCCCAGCUGUUCAGUGGUGUUUGGGGGUGUGAAUUCCAUCAAGUCCCACAUCCAGACUUCGCACUGCGAGGUUUUCCACAAGUGCCCCAUCUGCCCCAUGGCCUUCAAGUCUGCACCCAGCGCCCAUGCGCACCUCUACAGCCAGCAUCCUAGCUUCCACACGCAGCAGGCCAAGCUGAUCUACAAGUGUGCCAUGUGUGACACAGUCUUCACCCACAAGCCCCUCCUCUCCUCACACUUUGACCAGCACUUGCUGCCCCAGCGUGUCAGUGUCUUUAAGUGCCCAUCUUGUCCUCUGCUCUUUGCCCAAAAAAGGACCAUGCUGGAACAUCUCAAGAACACCCAUCAGUCUGGGCGCUUGGGGGAGGAGACUGCUGGGAAAGGGGCCAGGGGUGCCCUUCUGACUCCCAAGACUGAGCCUGAGGAACUGGCUGUGUCUCGGGGAGGAGCAGCCCCUGCUACUGAGGAAUCAUCUUCAUCUUCAGAAGAGGAGGAACUACCCAGCUCCCCUGAGCCCCCUCGUCCAACCAAACGGACCCGGAGGGAACUAGGGGGCAAAGGCAUCAAGGGUGGGUGUGGGGGUCCUGGAGGCUGGACCUGUGGCCUUUGUCACUCCUGGUUCCCAGAGCGGGAUGAAUAUGUGGCUCACAUGAAGAAGGAGCAUGGCAAGUCAGUGAAAAAGUUUCCCUGUCGUCUGUGUGAGCGCUCCUUCUGCUCUGCCCCCAGCCUGAGGCGCCACGUCAGGGUCAACCACGAGGGAAUCAAGCGAGUUUACCCAUGCAGGUAUUGCACAGAGGGAAAACGCACCUUCAGCAGCCGCCUGAUCCUGGAGAAACACGUCCAGGUCCGGCAUGGCUUGCAGCUUGGGGCUCAGUCCCCUGGUCGGGGCAGUACUCUGGCUCGGGGCCCCGGUGCCAGAACCCAGGGACCAGGACGGAAACGCCGCCAGUCUUCUGACUCUUGCAGUGAGGAGCCUGACAGCACAACACCACCGGCCAAGUCCCCCAGGGCUGGACCUGGCUUGGGAGGCCAUGGCCCCCUGCGCUACCGGAGCAGUGGCUCAGUGGAACAAAGCCUCGUGGUGGGGUUGAGGGUGGAGGGUGGAGCCCAGCAGUGCCUGGACUGUGGCUUGUGCUUUGCCUCCCCUGGCUCCUUGAGCCGGCACCGCUUCAUCAGCCACAAGAAGAAACGGGGUGUGGGUAGAGCCAGUGCCCUGGGGCUGGGAAAUGGGGAGGAAGAGGCCCCUCCUCCAAGAUCUGACCCAGAGGGUGGAGAUUCACCCUUACCUGCUCCUGGAGGCCCACUGACCUGUAAGGUCUGUGGCAAGAGCUGCGACAGUCCUCUCAACCUCAAGACCCAUUUCCGCACCCAUGGCAUGGCCUUCAUCAGGGCUCGGCAGGGGGGCAGUGGGGACAACUAGGCGACAGGCCUGGGACUGACCAGCCCUCCCUCUUCCCUGGGAGCCUGGGUUUCACUGCUGCUGCCUGGUCACUGGGAGUAUCAACAUUCACAUUUUGUUCCAAUUCUUCUCCCCCCAACCCGAAAGAAAAGUCUUUUGAGGAAUAUAGUUAUUUACACCCCCUCUUUGGGUUUGGCCCUUGGGUCCUAAUAGAGUGGGUCCUCCAUUCCUCCUUUCUGAGCCCAACACUAAUUAUGCUCCUGCUGCAGCCCCUCAGUGUGGGACUGGGGGUAUGAGGGUGGGACCGAACUUUCAUAUACCUGCUAGACAGGCACA